AUGAAAGUUCUCAAGAGCGACGCUAACCAGGUGAACGCUCUACAGAGUCUACAGUCUACACCAAUGACUACGGGUGCCACCAGUUCCAGUAGUAGUGACCGGUUGAUCAAGCCCUCCACCAGUUCCAGUAGUAGUGACCGGUUGAUCAAGCCCUCCACCAGUUCCAGUAGUAGUAACCGGUUGAUCAAGCCCUCCAUCAGUUCCAAUAGUAGUGACCGGUUGAUCAAGCCCUCCACCAGUUCCAGUAGUAGUGACCGGUUGAUCAAGCCCUCCACCAGUUCCAGUAGUAGUGACCGGUUGAUCAAGCCCUCUACCAGUUACAGUAGUAGUAACCGGUUGAUCAAGCCCUCCACCAGUUCCAGUAGCAGUAACCGGUUGAUCAAGCCCUCCACCAGUUCCAGUAGCAGUAACCGGUUGAUCAAGCCCUCCACCAGUUCCAUUCAUAGUAACCGGUUGAUCAAGACCUCCACCAGUCCCAGUGGUAGUGACCGGUUAUUAAGACUCCCGAGCUGGUUUACCAGUCUUGCCCACUGCGUGCUCACCAUUCCUUAA